AUGGAGACGAGGAAGGAAAUCCUGGAGCUUCGCGAGCGUCUGGACAAGACCCUGGCGUGCUCUGAUCUCGCCGACGAGGGCUCUUUGAGAUCUCUGGUCAAGAACCAGAUUUUGGAGUCCUCUCUGCCUGGCUCUGACCAAGGCAACAUCGAUUUGAUUGCUGAAGCACGAGCCAAAGAAGUCUCGAAUUUUCUUGAAAUGCUAGACACUUCAGGAAAUGAACGGCCUUCAGAUAUUCGUGGGCCACAACAGAAGGAGUGGAAGGUGAAGCAGGAUACAGACCAAUUACGGGUCAUGUACCGCGAAGGUCCAGAUGGGACCCCAUUUCAUACUCUUCUUGCUGAAGGCUUUGCUGAUGGUCCUAUCGAUGUUUGUACAUGUGUGUCAUGGGAAUCAGGUCUAUACAGAAAAUGGUUUCCGCAGUACAAUCUGCCAACAUUUAAAAUCGCUCAGUCAGGUUGCUUGAAAAAGAUUCGGAUUGGUGAAGAAAUUUCUUUGAUCAGGGUGAAGGUCCCCUGGCCAGUUUCAGAGAGAGAAGCUCUUCUACACUACUUUCAGUUUGAGUAUCUUAAAGAAGACCUUGUCAUUGUGAUCAUGAAAACUAUAUCCAAUUUGGAUAAUCUCAGUAUGCAGACACAUGGAUUUACUAUAGAUGGAAUCCCUGAAGCUGGUGACACGAUUCGGAUGGAUGUAGUUGGAGGCUUUGUCUUACAGAGGAUUACCAAGGAAAGAAGUUUUUUCAGGGCAGUAGCUAAUAUGGACAUUAAGCUAGACUUUGUUCCCCCAUGGCUGAUCAACUUUAUGUCCAGACAGCUAAUCGGCAGUGGGCAUAAGCUAUACCAGAAGGCUGUUAGUACUGUGGCCGCUUGUGAUGAAGACUACAAGCAAGCUUUACGAGCACCGCUCUAUGCAAGAAUACGCGAGUACCAGCAUUCUGCUGACAAGGCAAAGGUGACUGCAGUUGAGGAAAGCGCUAAUGAAGUGCUCCCUGAGAAUCCCACUGUACAUAAUCCUCUGGCAGUCACUACUAAUCUCACACCAUGCAGUGAGAUUAUCGAAGAAGAGAGUGAACAGAACACAUCUUUUAAGCUGGAUAAUCUUGCAACCGGCUUUUCUAACCAACCAGCCGGGCAAGUGCAGCAAGUUGAAAAUAAGUCUUUCACUAGUCCUGAUAGAACAGUCAAGCAAGCACAGCAAGUCGAAAAUAAACCGAUGAUUAGUCCUGAGGUGCAGAAGGCUUUGGGCAUACUGGACACUGCCAUUGCAGUUCUUCAAGGCAACAGAUCUGCAAACAUCAGUGCUCUCAGAAAGCUCCUCAGUUAUGAUGCAACGUCGGAAGAAGGAAGUGCCAUCAGUACAAGAAAUUCACAUACCCUCGACGUUCUCGAUACAGACAAUCUCCCAAAUGGGUAUCCUCUUGCCACAUCACCUCAUGAUUCAAGAGAGAUCCGGCAAACUUAUUUAAUGCCCGACAAGGAGGUGCGCGACAGGGAGGAAGGUGCUAGCGAAAGUGAUUCUCCUAAAAACAUGACCGCUUCUACCAUAACGACGACAAAAUCCAUGACAUUGAGGAGCACAAUAAAGGUGCAUGAAGAAGAGACCCUGAAUAGCGAUGGCCUCUAUCAGAACGGUUUCCACAGUGGAAAAGAGCCCAAGAGACCAAAGAAGACCAAAAGGUGGCUUUGCUGCUUAACGCCUAGCACCGUAGGAUGA